AUGGCGAGUAGCAAAUGGAAUCAAAAUAAUAAUAAUUUCAAUUUUCGUCCACGAUCUGGAAAAAACGAUAAUACUUUAUCUUUUGGGCAAAAUAGAGGCAAAAAACAAUCUUAUGAUCGUCAUACCAAUAAUAACAACUAUUACCAAUCACAAGAACAAAUUUUAAGAAAUAGUCAUAAUAUUGAACAAUUUACAAGUGAUAGUCCUUCAGAAUUUCGAACAAGAGCAAAUGAUGAUGAAAUUAAUGCUUAUGCUGUCAAUCUUCAAUUGAAACCAGUUGAAAUGGGUAUUAUAGCAAAAACUAAUCAACGAAAUCAAGAAUUCAAAGGUUUAGGUGUAUUCAAUCGUUAUUUUGGUUUAGUAGCACCAACAAAUAAUUUUGGAUAUACACUUCCUGACGUUUGGGAUGGUUAUUUUCACAUAACGCUUGCUAAAUUCUUAACUCGUGUUGCACCUCAUCAAUUAGAAGAAGUUUUCAGUAGAUUUAUUCCUUCUUUAGAAGAUCUACCUUAUAUUCCUGAUAUUAUCUUUCGAGCAUCAAGUAUUAAAAUUAUUCCUGGUGAAAAUCGUCCUAAAGGGCGAGAACAUAUCAAUUUCAUUGUACUUCCUAUUGAUUAUCAUUCCGAAACAAUAGCAUCUCUUGAAAAACUUCAAUCAUUACUUGAAAAAAUUGAAAAACAAACAGAAUCAAAUGAUUGGAAUGCAACACCGUUCGUUGAUCUUCAUGUGACUAUACGCAAAUAUUCCAAUAUUGGUUUUAUUUUAAACAAAAUUAGAAUAGAAAAGUUUCCAAUCGAAUUUCGAUGUUCUCAUCUCGAAGUUAAACAAACACGAGAACGAGCAGUGAAUCGAUACAAAAAAGCAAAAGACAAUAUAUAUAGAUGGUGGAUUGGUGUAACUGAAAUCGAUAAGAAAUGCUCGGGUUGUCAUAUACCUAUUAUAUCUGAUAGGUGGGAAGGAUUUUGUCUUGCAUGUGGACAAUAUGAGUCAAUUAUUCCAAUUUGGUCAACAAAUGGCAAAAAUAUUUAUCAUUAUCAUCAAAUACAAAAUCAAGAAAAUAUGAGAAAUGCUAAUACAUUAAGUGAACUAAAUCAACAUACUAAUUAUAAAGAACUAUAA